AUGAAAUUAUUUGAAAAGAUUCAAGUUUUAAUUUUAAUAUUUGUUUCAAAUUAUUAUUUUAUAAAAUUUUCAAAUUGUCAAAUAAUUAAUAUUUAUGAUUUAUCAAAUAAUAAUUCGUAUAUUAAACAUCCACAAUCCACAAAUUCCUAUGCAUGUAAAUUCGAGGUUUAUUUACUUUUCAAUGUUAGUCAACAGGAUAUUGGAAAUGACCAUUUGGAAUUAUUUUACAAUGAUCCAAUUGUUACUUUAUUAGAUGUCCUUGUUUCAAAUUCAAGUAUCCUUUCUUUAAUGUCAUUGCAAGGCGAUCCUGGAUACAUUGGAGUACAAGUUUUUAGUAGAUUUUCUUUAAAUCAUUCAAUUAAUAACAGUAUUAGCCUUAAUUUUAUAUGUCAAGCAAUUGAUUACACUAAAUUGGAUUAUAAGUUAAUGGUUAAUAAUAGAUUUAAAAGAUCAACUUCAAAUUAUGGAGGUUAUUUACAAUUUACUUCAGAAUACCCUCUUGGACAAUUAGAAUAUUCAAGUAAUACCAGUGGGGUUUUAUCAAAUACCAUCGAGAAUACUGCAAAUCUAGCAGGUGGAUCUUUGAUGUAUAACUUUAGAGAUAAUUUAUCAGUUUCUGUAAAUUUUGUAGGAAUAUAUAAUAAUAGUAUCUAUAUCGAGUAUCCCUCAUUAUAUUAUACCAAUAUUGAUGUAAAUUCAAAUAAUUCAAUAGUAACUAUGUAUCCAAAUCAAGUAACACAAUAUAAUGAAUUUGGGUUUGGAUGUCCACCUCUUUUUACUAUUACAAUUAAUAGAACAACUGACGAAUAUCAACCAUAUUUUUAUGUUUCUUUAAUAAACGGUUUGGGUACUGGUAAUAUUCAAAUCUAUCCUUUAUAUGAAAUUAAUAAAAUGGCAACAUAUAUUGGUAUGUUUGAUGGUGCAGUAACUCCAUCAUAUUAUACUCUAUUUUCUCAAUCUGAUAAUUCUCUUACUGAAAUCUAUAAAGUUGAAAAUUUAACUGUAACCAAAUUAAAAAAACAAUCUUUUUCAACUGUUGUUAUUGCAACUUAUUUACAUGGUAAUAAUGAAACGUUAUACAAUUCAUCAAUGUAUACAAUUUCAUUCAAUAGUGGUAUUUUAAAGCAGGUUGAUUUUUUCCCAACAGUUUAUCGUUUCCAAUCAUCAUCAUCUGUAAUUUUAAAUUGGCCAUUUGGGUUUGAAAGUGGUCAGAAUUUUAAUUUCAAUUUUAAAUCAUCACAUCUACAAAAUUUAUUUUCAAUCAAUAGCAUAAGCUCAUUUACCACCGAUAAAAACAUUUCAACUACUGUACAAUCAGAUAUAAAGAUAACUCCACAAGAACCAUUUAAUGUCCAACUUUUAAAUUUUGAAUUAUUUUAUCUCUUUAAUGAUAAUUAUUUGUUAAGAUUUAAAAUAAAAAAAAGUUCAUUUGAUUAUUUUAUAGCACUUAAAGGUUUUUCAAAUAUUUUAAGGUAUGAAUCAAUUGUAGAAGAAGAUAAUGAAGUAGUGGUUUUUGAAACAGUUUUUGACUUUUUUAAAAAUUAUGGGUUAGGAAAUUUUUACAUUUUCGAUUCAUUAAAUAGAAUGAAAAGUUAUUUAGUUAAUAAUUAUUAUUCAACGGACCCACUUGCAAAAUAUUCAGAACCAUCAGAGAAUUUAAAUAAUUUUUUAAUUGAAAAUGUAUCAUUCAAGUAUAACUAUAUCGAUGUAACAAAUAAAUCAGCAACAAAUGUAAUUUACUUUAAUUAUAAUGGUACAAUUGAUCCAAAUAGAUUACCUUAUUUUUAUUUAACUGAUACAGUAUCCUAUAGUGAUAUUAGUAAUAUUCAAUAUGAUUCAAUAAGAUAUGCAAUAUGGAAUUCUACACUUUUAAAAUACCAAGUUGAAUUUACAAUACCAGCAAAUAUCCAACCUGGUUCAGUUCCUUAUUUAAUAAUUUUAAAUUAUCGUUCAAAAUUAUCAAGUGAAUUCUUACCAUUGUCAGCACAAUUAUUUGUAACAUCAGAAAAUUAUGAUGGAUAUGGACCAAUAUUUAGUAAUAUUGAAAAGGUUAAUUCAACAAAUGAAUUUGGUUGGAAAUUUACAAUAGAUGAUCCAAUUAAUGGUUUUGAUUAUGCUGAUAUUAUAGUUAGAGGUGAAAUGGAUAGUUCAACUUAUAAAUUUCAUUUAACAACUCAAAAUUUAACAAGAGGUGAUAAAUUUAAUGGUGAUUAUCAAAUUAAUAUCACUAUAUCAAGUAGAUGUGCAUCUCAAAAUUAUAUUAUCACACAAGUUAAAUUAUAUGAUACUCAAGGUAAUGCUUGUAGAUUUUCAGUAUCUGAAUCAUUUAGUGGUGGUAUUAGAAAUCCAUUUAUAAAUUAUUUAUCAGAUUCAAAAAUAAAUAAAUUAUAUAAAAAGUGUAGUGGUGAAAAUGAUGGUAUCGAUAGUUCACCACCAAUUUUAAAUUGGUUUAAUGCUGUUAAAAAAGUUGGAACAAAUAAUGAUGAUCAAAUAAUAUCAUUUGAUUUUCAAGCAGCUGAUAAUGAAAGUGGUUUAAAAGAUAAACAAUAUCCAAUAGUUUACAUUCAAACUAUCGAUUUACAAGUGAUUCAAGGUGUAGCUCAAAUUCAAAAUAAAACAAAAACAACUGUAAAUUAUACAUGUGAAAUUGAAUUACCAACUGGAUUUGGUUACAAAUCAGAUAUUAUAUUCAGUGUUUAUGGAUUCAUUAAUAAUGGUGGCUAUUAUAGUGGUUUUUCAAGUGACGCAUUAAAUAAUUUAUCAUUUAAAUAUUCAAUGACUCAAAUUGGAAUUUUGAGAAAGAUUGAAAUCAUUAGAGUAUCUCAAAUCACAUCUAGUGGUGGUAAAUUAUGGAUUGUCGGAAGGGGUUUAAAUUUAUCAAUUAGAAUAAAUAUAAAAUAUAAUAGAGAUUCAAAUUUUACACAAAUUUCAAUACCAACAACAGUUUAUUCAAGUGCUAUUCUAAUAGAAGAUAUUAAACCAACGGAUGAACCUUUCAUUAUACAAGCAUUUGAUCAAUCAAAUAACAAAAAGUCCAAAAUAUUCAAUGUUUUACCAUUGACUUUUAAAUUGUCAUCUGACGAUUCAACUUCAAUUGAUUCAUCAUCAUCAUCAUCAUCAUCUUCUUCUUUAACACCUACACCAACAUUAUUACCCCCAUUAUCACCAAUACCAACGAAUAAACCUCAAACAUGUUUAGGUGAACCAGUAUGUGGUGGAUCAAAACAAGGUAUUUGUUCAUCAAGUGGAUGUAUUUGUUAUCCACCUUGGAUUGGUAAUGAUUGUAAUUCACAAGUUAUAAUUAUACCACAACCAUCAACAAAUACAUCACAACCAUCAACUGAAUUACCAAUUAUCGAUAACAAUAAUCAAACAUCAAAUAGUACAAAUUAUUUAUUCAAAUCAUUGAUUUCAAUUGUAUCAUUAAGAGAAUUAGAUUUUAAUUCGAAUCAAGUUAAUUUAUAUACAUUUGAUAAAUGGAUUUAUACACCAAUUAAUAAUAUUAAAAGUCAAUACUUUACAAGUAUUCAAAGUGGUGAUCCAAAAUCAACAAAUCCAUUAACAACUAAUAUUACUGUAACUUUAGAAUGGUUCAAUCAAACAAAAAUCAUUCAAUUCGCUAACAGUAAUAUAACAAUGAAUCCAUCAAGUAUUAAAUAUACAAUUGAAAUUACAGAAUAUAAAUUUUUAAAUCAAUUAAAUAGUCUUCAACUUGUAAUGUCAGCAUUAUUCGAAUCAUCAAAUUCCAAAGAUACUUGCUCAUUAAAAGAAUUUGGAGAUACAAGCGAUGGUGAUAAUUCAAACUUCUUUAAAAUUCAAAUUGAUGAUCAUUCACUUUAUGGUAGAUUCAUUAAAAGAGCAAUCAUCGAUUCAAAAGUAUCUUCAAUUGAAAAUCAAUUAUUAGAUUCAAAAAUGAACUCAAUUCAAACAUCAUCAAUAUCACAAUCAUUCAUUGGUAUUACAAUACCAAAUUAUAAACAGUCAAUAAUUAUUGAUCCAGACUUUUCAGUAUUAGUAGAUAGUAAACCAGUAUCAAAUAAUGAUAAUAAUUCAAUUUGUACAUCAAAUAAAUCAAAACUAACAAGUGCUCAACUCGCUGGUAUUAUUAUUGGUUCCGUUGCUUUUGCUGCUGUAGUUAUUGUAUCAAUUGUUUACUUGGUUGUGAAAAACAGAAAAUCAGAUUUAUUCCUAAGAAAUGUACAAAGUAAAUUACAAAAAAUGAACUGA